AUGGCAAAAUGUGCGAAGUGUAGUAAGGCAGUAACCAAAAAAAGUCCAGGUGUGCAGUGCAAUAAAUGUAGCAAGUGGUAUCACGGUUCAUGUGCAUCACUUACAGCGGAACAACUAACUGCACUGUCAUCAAUGGAAUCGGUUGACUGGAAGUGUCGUGUAUGCUCUAUAGCAGUCGGUGGGAAAGGCAGGCGUAUAUCGGUCAUACUACCUGACCCCGAUGAUGAAGAGUCUGAUGUUGAAGGAAUCGCUAAUCAACAAGAUAAAACACUAUUCGAAAUCCACCAAGAAGUUAGACAAUUACGCCAGAACGUUAAAGAUAUUAUACGUGAUGAGCUACAGAAUACCCUCAAAUUUUAUUCUAAUAAAAUUGAUGAAUAUGAGGAGAAAGUAAAAAGCUAUGAAAUGCGUGUAAAAAUAAUGGAAAACCAAUGUAAGAACCUAAACGAUAUUUGCACCAAUCUAACCCUAAAAAAUGAAGUUUUGGAGCAAAAACUGAGUAAACUCGAACAAGCGCAAUCUUACAAUGAAUUAGAAAUUUGUGGUAUGGAAGAACAACAAAAUGAAGAUAUCAAAAACAUUGUUACAACUUAUUCUCAGUUGCUGAAACAAAAUCCAGAUGAUAUCAUCAAAGCUGUUAGAAGGAAGAAACCUAUUCACCCGGGAACGGCGCAGGCAGAACGGCUAAAGGUCGAUGCACCAAUUAUGAUAUCCUUACGUGAAGGUAGGCGUGAACAAUGGUAUGAAGCCGCGCGAACAGUAAACGUAACAAGUAAGGACCUGGGUGGAGAAAGUGGUAAUAAAGUGUAUCUACGUGAGGCAUUAUCACCGACUAUCUCUUACCUACUAUGGAAAACUAAAACAAAUCUGAAGGAAAAAGCACUCUGCAAGUAUGUCUGGUGUAGAAACGGACAGAUAAUGGUCCGUAAAAAGAAGGUGAUAAGAAAAUACACUACGUGCGAUCCGAAAAAGACAUCGAGCGAAUUGGCAAAGAACUGCGGAAAACAAUUGAUAAAUAAAUAA